GAAGCAGCAGCAGUCUCUGCCCCGGCUCCCUCUACUCCUGGAGAAGAAGCCAAAGAGGAGCAAAAGGAGCAAGACGACCACGAGCCUGCAGCUGUGGUCACAGCAGAGCCUGAUGGUUCCAAGAGAAUGACAGAAGCAGCAGCAGUCUCUGCCCCGGCUCCCUCUACUCCUGGAGAAGAAGCCAAAGAGGAGCAAAAGGAGCAAGACGACCACGAGCCUGCAGCUGUGGUCACAGCAGAGCCUGAUGCUUCCAAGAGAAUGACAGAAGCAGCAGCAGUCUCUGCCCCGGCUCCCUCUGCUCCUGGAGAAGAAGCCAAAGAGGAGCAAAAGGAGCAAGACGACCACGAGCCUGCAGCUGUGGUCACAGCAGAGCCUGAUGGUUCCAAGAGAAUGACAGAAGCAGCAGCAGUCUCUGCCCCGGUUCCCUCUGCUCCUGGAGAAGAAGCCAAAGAGGAGCAAAAGGAGCAAGACGACCACGAGCCUGCAGCUGUGGUCAGAGCAGAGCCUGAUGCUUCCAAGAGAAUGACAGAAGCAGCAGCAGUCUCUGCCCCGGUUCCCUCUGCUCCUGGAGAAGAAGCCAAAGAGGAGCAAAAGGAGCAAGACGACCACAAGCCUGCAGCUGUGGUUACAGCAGAGCCUGAUGGUUCCAAGAGAAUGACAGAAGCAGCAGCAGUCUCUGCCCCGGCUCCCUCUGCUCCUGGAGAAGAAGCCAAAGAGGAGCAAAAGGAGCAAGACGACCACAAGCCUGCAGCUGUGGUCACAGCAGAGCCUGAUGCUUCCAAGAGAAUGACAGAAGCAGCAGCAGUCUCUGCCCCGGCUCCCUCUGCUCCUGGAGAAGAAGCCAAAGAGGAGCAAAAGGAGCAAGACGACCACAAGCCUGCAGCUGUGGUCACAGCAGAGCCUGAUGCUUCCAAGAGAAUGACAGAAGCAGCAGCAGUCUCUGCCCCGGCUCCCUCUGCUCCUGGAGAAGAAGCCAAAGAGGAGCAAAAGGAGCAAGACGACCACAAGCCUGCAGCUGUGGUCACAGCAGAGCCUGAUGCUUCCAAGAGAAUGACAGAAGCAGCAGCAGUCUCUGCCCCGGCUCCCUCUGCUCCUGGAGAAGAAGCCAAAGAGGAGCAAAAGGAGCAAGACGACCACAAGCCUGCAGCUGUGGUCACAGCAGAGCCUGAUGCUUCCAAGAGAAUGACAGAAGCAGCAGCAGUCUCUGCCCCGGCUCCCUCUGCUCCUGGAGAAGAAGCCAAAGAGGAGCAAAAGGAGCAAGACGACCACAAGCCUGCAGCUGUGGUCACAGCAGAGCCUGAUGCUUCCAAGAGAAUGACAGAAGCAGCAGCAGUCUCUGCCCCGGCUCCCUCUGCUCCUGGAGAAGAAGCCAAAGAGGAGCAAAAGGAGCAAGACGACCACAAGCCUGCAGCUGUGGUCACAGCAGAGCCUGAUGCUUCCAAGAGAAUGACAGAAGCAGCAGCAGUCUCUGCCCCGGCUCCCUCUGCUCCUGGAGAAGAAGCCAAAGAGGAGCAAAAGGAGCAAGACGACCACAAGCCUGCAGCUGUGGUCACAGCAGAGCCUGAUGCUUCCAAGAGAAUCCUUCCAGAGAAAGAGCAGGAGCAGAUUGCAUUAUCAGAGAUGCCAUGCCAGACUCAGGGAGAGCUGAGAGCCCGAGAGCAGGAAGAGCAGCUCAGGCAGCAGGUGGAAGAGCCACAGGAGAAUGGCCAGAGCAUCAAGGCAGAGCCACAAGCAGAGCAGCCCGAAGCUCAGAGUGCCAUCAUGGAAGUAAAGAAGAGGAACCAGGAAGAGACAAGAAGAAUUCAAGAGGAGAUGAAUCUCCAUCAGCAGAGGGGCGAUCAACAAAACCAGGUGAGUGAAAGAGUGGCAGCCACUCCACUCAUGAAAGAUCCUCUCUCUCGUAUUUUACAGAACUUGAAGGAACAGCUGGACACAGACUUUCAGAAAGCUCACGCUAAGAUCAAGGCAAGGGAGAAGAGGCAGGAGGAAGAAAUUAAAAUCAUCAGAGAAAAACUUAAUCCCCUCCCUCAGGCUCUACAAAAGCAAGUGGCCAUAAAGAAAAUAAAUCUCCAAGGACCGAGGAAGAAGGAACUAAAAGUCAAUGAAUUCAUGCUCAUGAAGACAAAUAAGAAUCCCAACUUGGUCAACUAUUUAGACAGCUACCUUGUGGAUGGGCAGCUCUGGCUGGUCAUGGAGUACAUGGACGGAGGCACUCUGAGCAAUGUCAUCAGCGAGACCCACCUGUCUGAAGACGAGAUGGCAGCCAUCAGUCGGGAGUGCCUGCAAGGCCUGGAUUUUCUUCACUCGAACCAUGUGAUCCACCGAGAUGUGAAGAGCAGCAACAUCCUUCUCAGAACCGACGGCUCUGUCAAGCUGGCUGACUCUGGCCUGUUUGUUCAGCUCACCCCUGAGCAGAGUCAACGGAGCUCAGUGGCCAGCAUUUCUGGGUGGAUGGCGCCUGAAGUGGUGACAGGUCAACCAUGUAGCCCCAAAGUGGACAUAUGGUCUUUUGGAAUCGUGGGCAUCGAAAUGGUGGAACGAGAAGUUCCUUACCAGUAUGAAACUCCUGUUUCGGCUCAACUCCUGAUAGCCAGAGGAGGGAGACCAAAGCUGCGGCAGCCCAACCGAUGCUCGUCUUGCCUGCGUGACUUCCUGAGCUGCUGCCUGCAGACAGACGAGGCACGGCGCUGGUCUGCCAAGAAGCUCCUGCAGCAUCCAUUUGUAACAUCAGCCAAGCCAGCGUCCACCCUGGUACCACUCAUCAACUCAGUGAAGAAGGAGAAGAAGAAGACAAGAAGAAUCAAGAUAUUAUCUCCAUAACCAAGUUAGAGUAGGAUUGUAGAGUAGGACUCUAGAGUAGGAUUGUUGAGUAGUUUUGUAGUAUAGGUUUAUAGAGUAGGAUUGGAAUUAAAUAAAGUUUCUGAAGCAUCAA